AUGACUGAUCAUUUUGGAGUUGGUUAUGGAGCUGUGGUCGCUCUCGGCGGUUUGAUUGGCUUCUUGAAAGCCGGAAGCUGGCCUUCUUUUAUUGCUGGCGUGGGCUUCGGAGCUGCGGCUAUCUUCGGAGCCGUUAAUCAUCAAUUUGUGGUGCUGGCUGGUAAGUUUUGUUGAUAUUAUACUUGAUUUUUAGGUGUCAGCGGGUUCUUGAGCGUUUUAAUGGGUCUUCGCUUCUAUAACACUGGAAAAAUGAUGCCAGCUGGAGUGGUUGCCGCAUUAAGGUUAGUGUUUUCUAAAUUUUAAAGAUUUUAGGAUAUUCUUUUAAAAAUUUUUGUUAUUUUUACUAAAAUUGUAAGCUUCUAUGGAUAACAUCUAAAAACCUUAAACUUUUAAUUAAUCUGCUAUUUCAGCAUUCUAAUGUUUAUACGCACAAUGUUAAUCUUGUCUCAGCGGAGAUAA